AUGUUCAAUAUAGCAUGACUCUGCCUCAGUAAUCCUUGCAGGCACUAGCUAGCUCUUACAAACUGUUAUCUGUAGACUUGUGCAGCAUACAGUACACUGAAGUACCAAGCUAAAAUAAGAACAUAUCACCAAACGUGUGCUAUAUUUGUUUCAUCAAAAGACAGUUGGCUUUGCCUUCCUGACAUUUCCACAGGAAAUUUAGACCAUGGAUGUCAACAACUUUACCACUGAGAGUAUGAGAAGUGACUACAAUUCUACUCAGUUCAAUUCCAUCAUUGAGUCCAAUGGUGACGAUACUGGACCAUGCAAGUAUCCGAGACACGGCGCUGUGUUCCUGCCUGUGUUUUAUUCCCUGCUCUUCGUGUUCGGGGUGAUCAGCAAUGGCCUCGUCAUGUGGGUCAUGCUGAUAUGUGUGAAACUGCAGAGCAUCACAGACAUCUGCCUCCUGAACCUGGCUGUGGCAGAUCUUCUGCUGCUCAUCACCCUUCCCUUCCUGGCUCACUAUGCAAGAGCAGACUGGGUCUUUGGGUCUGUCAUGUGCAAAGUCGUCAUGGGCAGCUACUACAUCGGCUUCAACAGCAGCACCUUUUUCGUCGUGAUCAUGAGCAUCGACCGGUACCUGGCUGUAGUUCAUGCCGUGAAUUUCCUCCAAACCAAAACACGCAGAUAUCGACUCAUCAUGAUCGUCAUAACCUGGAUCGUGGCACUUUUGGCUUCAUUUCCUGAAUUAACACUCAUUGAUUUUUAUCGACGACGUCACACAAGUUUGUGUGAAGUUGGUUAUCACAGUGAACCAUUCUGGAGAGCGUUUGGCCUGUUUAAGAUGAAUGUUACCAGCCUUCUGAUUCCAUUUUUCAUCAUGGUGUUCUGCUACUCGAUGAUCCUCAGGAGAAUACUCCUCUGCAAGUCAACGAACAGGAAGACCAUACGCCUCAUGCUGCUGGUGGUUGUGGUGUUUUUCUGCUGCUGGACGCCCUACAAUGUUGCAUCAUUCUUCCAGGCCCUAGAAUUGCUCGAUAUCUACGCGUCAUGUAAAUCCAGCAAAGCCAUUCGGUUGAGCCUGCAGGUGAUGGCGGCUCUAGCCUACUCCCAUACCUGCUUGAAUCCCAUCGUUUAUGUCUUUGUGGGGGAGAAGUUCAGGAGGCACCUGUUUAAACUCCUGAACAGGAUGCCAUGCAUGAAGAAUAAGUUCAUGAUUUCUACUUUCUCAUCACAGCUGUCCCAGACAAGCAAAACUGAACGGUCCAGUAUGACUAUGAAUUAUUACAACCAUGUCACUUCAGUUUAAAUAUCAUAUCCAUGCAAUAUCAUAGAAAUAUUUUUAGAAAUGUUUGAUCUUAUAACCAAUGUUCUAUCUUCAGUGUUUUAAACCUAACCCCUGCUGGUUGUAGGUCCCAAGGAUCACCUUGGUGUAAAGUUUUUGAUCCUUCAUGUUGUGAAUGACACGUCUUAUUGCACAAAGCUGUUGGUGAUUUUAAGCUUUAGAUCGGUAUAAAUUUUUAUUUUAGAUUUGUGAGUGGAGUGUGCCAUCCAUCCGUCUGCUGUUGGUAUUUCCCUGCCGGGUUGGUCUGCCUCAUUAGUUUAUGGAACAUUUGUAAUAAUUAAUUUAUUGCCCUGUGUGUUUUAUCAAGUUGUAUAAUGCCUGGAACAUUCAGGGAUGCCCAUUAAUCAGUGUUUUACCCACAAUGCCACUUUGUUUUUGGGAUUUGCUGUGCCUCUAUAGUUCUUCUAUUUCAGUGUAGUGUAGGUCUGUGUUUUAAUCUAAAUGCAACAAGAGUAUAUCCUAAUUUUGUGCUGAAGGGGUUUGGUGUAGUGUGGAUUCCCUGUGUUUACCAGCUGUUUCCUGUUAUAGUCAUUAGUCCUAUGUAUUUAAGUCUGCGUUAGGUAUGUUUUCCCCAUUGACGUCUAAUGUCCGUUUUGUGAUGGUCCUUGGAGUUUUCCUAAUAAAUUCUGUCUCUGCCUCUUAUUCAGAACAA